AUGUCGCAGGCGGAUGCGCAGAUGAGUCCUCCUGCUGGCCCGUCAACAUCGUCCAGGCCGGAGCAUCCUGCUCCCAAAGCGCCAGCUGCGCCUUCAGAGGCCUCUGGCAUGAAGGUGGAGUCUUCGAGAGCGAGCCCAGCCACAAGUGUCACAGAGUCUGCGGGGACAAGUGCGUCGCAAGCGCCUUUGUUCUCUGCACGUGCUUCGGACGCUGGCUCGACUGUACCUCAAGUGACACCUGCGAAGCGAGCAGCUGGACCCUCUACGGCGCCCGCGCUUAUAUCGGGUGCCACGAACGCACCGCCUGUCAAAAAAAUCAACACUAGCGCAACUCUUUCCUCGCCACGGCCAGCUUCUGGCGCGGCAAACUCAAGGCCGAUCCCUAGCCCAGCCGCUGGCAAUCCAGUCACCAGGCCGUCAGCCCCCAUCAGGCCUCCUCCACGGCCACCUGUACGAAUGGUAUCAGGCGAUACACCUUCGAGCACAAGCUCCGCUACUAACACGAGCACCAAACAGCCUGCACCUGCAUCAGCGACCACUGCCAGACCAGCUAGUGCAGGAGCCCAUGCAGGCAGACCCCAAGUUCCUCGACCCCCUCAUCCUCAAGCCAGGCCGCAGGCUCGACCGCCUACCUCCACCAACCCGACACGACUUCAAGCUCCAUCGGGUAGUGCAGCACGCCCUGUGGGACCCAGACCAUCAACAAUAUCCUCGUUUGCACCGAGCGGAGCUGCUGCAAGUCGUCCACACGUGCCAUCCCCGUCCACACCCCAGAGCUCAAACGCGCAGCGAACAAGCUCAGUGCGCCCGCACAACAGUUCUGCUCCAAAACGUGCACCUGUCAAGAGUCUCGCUGGAUCGCCUCACGGGGACACACAAGCUGGCCCAUCAUCCUUUGCUGCUAAUGUGACCAGCACGAGCGCCAGCACGAGCGCUUCGCCUGGGCCAGGGCCAGGGCCAGGGCCCAAGGACACUCGCAAGCGGAAAGUCGGGACUGCGUGCAUUUACUGCAGAAGGAGCCAUAUGACUUGCGACGAAAGCAGACCAUGCAAACGGUGGUAAGUAGUGUUGGCUGCUGCAAUCUCGAUGAAAGCUGCACUUAUUGUCAAGAGCCCUGUUGAUGCGCGACUCAUCCCUUGACUCUGCAGCAUCAAACGUGACAUUGGUCAUUUGUGCCAUGACGAAGCUACACAGAGCAGCGUUUCUGCUGCUAAUCCGAGACGAGGCUCUUCCUCUGCUACUGUGACUGCUUCUGGCGCUGCAGGCGAUUCGAGCACGCAUGGUACUGCAAAAGUCACUCCGCCUGCUGGAACCAGCAAGAUUACUAAACAGCGGAAAGGUGAAGGCGCUCAGCAUGCAAAGGUCGGUGCGCCACCCGAGGGAGGUCCAAUGACUGCUCGAUCCCCGGCUGGAAUGGGACCAGCGCCUCACCUUGAGAUCGGAGAGGCAACUGAUGACUCGUCGGGUGCACCACCGGGUGACUUGUCCAUCGUCGCUCCUCCAGUGGGCGAAGGGAUGUCUCGUCCAGACAGUGGUGAACAAGUCAGCUUGGCCAAUCCACCAAAUGGACUGAUCACUCCCAACGCAGCCAGCGCAUAUAGUAAUCUUGGACAGCUGCCUUCCGCUGGAUGGAGCUGGGGAGGCACGGGAGCUAGCGCACUGGGUGGAGCGGGCUUUCUGGGACUGGGAGGUGGAGCCGCCGAUGAGCACGGCUUCAGCGCAACAGGCGACGCGGCAGGAGGCCUGGAAUUUAGCAUUCUGAGGUGAGCAAAAAUACCACGUUCGAGCGCGUUGACAACGAAUGCUGAUAUCCUGCAUUGUGCUAUGCGCGUAGCGAGUUCCUAGAAUCUCUCGAUGGACCCACGGGGCUUUCUAGCCCUUCGAACGGGGGAGCGUGGGGCCAGGCAGCUUCUAGCUCACAGGCGCAGGCGACCCCAAGGCUGUUUUCAAACGCGCUGGGAGAAUCCGCUUCCCGAGACGGAGUCGUUCCGAGCAGUGAUUGGGGGGCUUCCGGUGGCAUGGGCUCCACGCCUAUCAGUUCAGCUGGGAUCAUGCUGGAUGCGACGCUCAGCUCCAUGGCUCCAAGCUCGCCAAGCACGAUGGGAAUGAUGCCUCGUCAUUCUAAUCAGAACAACAAUGACGUUUUUGGUACUCCUGGUGCGAGGCAUCGGACGCGAGGGCUCUCUACUUCUUCCAUGAAUGGUCCUGGAGGGAUGGGAUCCAGAUUGGCAUUCACCACCGCGCCUACACCCGCUUCGGUCGCUGCUGCUGCCAAUGCCGCGACUGGCCCUGAGGGAGAAGCCAGCGGAAGCUCCAUGAGCCCGCUCUUGCCGUCCACCACGCCUCGAAGCGGCGAGAAUGCAUCACUAAGUGUCGUCACAGGCGCUCCUACGGCCGCUGGUGCUGGCAACGGCGCUUACGCCCCGGUUCUCAAAGGCUUCAGCUCCAAGACCGAAAAGUUCUUCUUGACUGCUGCAGAUCAGAAUGAUGCGACUAGAGAGGAGAGGUUAGGAAAGGUCAUUCAGGCGAAGUAUGACGCCGGCUUACUCAGGCCAUACAACCACGUCAACGGGUAAGCGUUCGGUCGGAGCUUGUUGUCUUACAAUCUCAAAGAUUCAACGUGCUGACGCGAGCAAUGUCUUUGCACGUUGCCUUGUAGCUAUGCCCGGCUCAACAGAUGGAUGGAGUCUCAUUGCUCGCCCGCCUCACGCCGGAGGAUCCUGAAGCCUCUUUCAGUCUUCAGACCGGCUUUCCGAGCAGUGGCCCAGCAGCUGACCAACAUCGACUUGAUCUACAUUGAGGAAGCAUUUGAGCGACUUUUGCUCGACUAUGACCGCGUCUUUUCCACCCAGGGCAUCCCUGCUUGCUUGUGGAGGCGCACUGGCGAGAUAUACAAAGGAAAUCGAGAGUUUGCGGAAUUGCUUGGAGUUGGGAUAGAGCAGCUGAGAGAGGGCAGACUGUGCAUAUACGAACUGAUGGAUGAAGAGAGCGCUGUCAAUUAUUGGGAAGUGAGUGCAUGAGCGUGACGCAAGCGCUUCCCUUCCCUCGCCAACGCCCUUCACACUGCCUGCCCAGAAAUAUGGCGCGGUAUCUUUCGAUCCUGGCCAAAAGGCUGUAUUGACGUCUUGCGUGCUCAAAAUACGCACUGCUAGCUUCGCGAGCGGAGGGUGGGCUGCGGCCGGAAGGCCAUCUAGCAAUUCUAGCGUGAACGCUUCUGCUGUUGCUGCGCACCUGCUUCCUCAAGGAAGUGGCCUGAACAGUGCUUCCAACUCAGCGCCAGGCAGCAUCAGCAACGGCGGCGCGGAGAUGAACGGUUCGGGCAACGCAUCUAGAAGAGGAAGCAUGGCUCAGUCGUCUGCCUCUGCUCUGAGAGGAGCUCAAACCAUGUCUAGAAGCAACACGGCCACGCAAGAAGAUGAGCCUGGCAUUGUGAGAGUCAAGUGCUGCUUCUCCUUUACCAUCGGGCGAGACGCGUGGAACAUACCCACGCUUGUUGCUGGCAACUUUAUACCUGUGCAGAAAUGA